UUCAACAACUGUGCGCGCGCCCGAGCGGCUGCUGCUACUAUUUAGCGCCUGGCGUCUUGCCUUUGCUGCUCCACGACCAGACUGCGGUGAGUCGCUGUCGACCCCCUCGCCGCCUGUUCGUCGUUUUAUCCGCUGUGAAAUCCAGGAUAUUUCGUCCGAGAGGUCCCCACAUUUCAUAGAAGACGCAAAAGCCUUAUUUGGAAAUCUUAUGGACGAAGAAAUGAGUCGCCAGACUGCCACCGCGCUGCCCACAGGAAACUCCAAGUGCCCUGCCUCCCAGCGCGUGCCCACCUUGUCAGGGACCACUGCCUCCAACAGUGACCUGGCCAGUCUGUUCGAGUGCCCGGUGUGCUUCGACUAUGUCCUCCCCCCUAUCCUUCAGUGCCAGUCGGGACACCUGGUAUGCUCCAAUUGUCGGCCCAAACUCACCUGCUGUCCCACUUGUCGAGGGCCGCUGGGCUCCAUCAGGAAUCUGGCUAUGGAGAAGGUGGCCAACUCGGUGCUCUUCCCAUGCAAAUACGCCUCGUCGGGCUGCGAAGUCACGCUGCCGCACACCGACAAGACGGAACACGAGGAGCUGUGCGAGUUUCGGCCGUACUCGUGCCCUUGCCCCGGCGCCUCCUGCAAAUGGCAGGGCUCCCUGGACGCCGUCAUGCCUCACUUGAUGCACCAACACAAGUCCAUCACCACACUGCAGGGGGAGGACAUCGUGUUUUUGGCCACAGACAUAAACCUGCCUGGCGCAGUGGACUGGGUUAUGAUGCAGUCAUGCUUCGGCUUCCACUUCAUGCUGGUGCUGGAGAAGCAGGAGAAGUACGACGGCCACCAACAGUUCUUUGCCAUCGUGCAGCUCAUUGGGACACGCAAGCAAGCGGAAAACUUUGCGUACCGGCUGGAGCUCAACGGCCAUCGGCGCCGCCUGACCUGGGAGGCCACGCCGCGCUCCAUCCACGAGGGCAUCGCCACCGCCAUCAUGAACAGCGACUGUCUGGUCUUCGACACGUCCAUCGCGCAGCUCUUCGCCGAGAACGGCAACCUUGGUAUCAAUGUGACCAUCUCCAUGUGUUAAGAACUCACCGGAUAAGCGAGGGGGGUCAACAAGUUUCCAGACUGGUUCAGCGGGCAUUUUGAGGGGGUCGGAGCAGCUCGGCUCAGUCUCCGCGGGACCCCUUGAAGACGGUAUAGAUGUGGAAUUGGACUGUCUUGUCAGGCAGCCACGAGGGCCCGGGAGUGGGUGGACGGACAUGAGGAUAGAACUGUUUCAAGGUGGCCGUAGCCUUAUAAAACGCACACAAAACAAAUGUAAAUGUAAGGUUCAAGCUUGCGAUUUCACCUCUUUUGUCGUAAAUGCGUCAUCUGUCAGUGUCUUCUCCUUCUCUUUUCUUGUUUUCAUGUCUGCCUGCCCAGUCUCUCACUUCCACUACCCGUUAUCACGGGCUCCCUGAAACAAGCUAGGCAGUCGGCAAGCUAUCUAGUCUCAUCGGAACGGCCCCUCCCGGGCCCCCGUCUCCCGACUGACACCUCUAGUUCUGCAGUCGCAGGUGUGGCCCCGGACGAGAGGACUGGACCCCUCGUCACUGUGUACGUGUGAUGGAAGUUAUGUAGCUCCCGGUUCUGUCUAGGAGUCCCAAGCCCCGGAACUCAGGACGUCCUCCGGCUUGCCUCCCUCAACGUGGAUUCCUGGCGACUGUGCGUCGGCCGGACACGUGUUUCAUCGCAUCGGUGUGAUGACGCCGAGUGAUUUUCCACCCAAAAAGUGAUCGACGGUUUCCCCGAUAAGUUGUGAGUGCCCGUGUGCGCGUGUAACCGAGAACUUUGUUUUGAAGAACGGAAAAAGAAAUCAGUGUUUCAGUUGAGACAAAUUUUCUUUGUGGGUUUUCUGAAAUCUAGCAGCGUGUGUGUGAGAGAGAAUGAAAGGUGAACAAACUGGCCUGCUUACCUCCUCUGAGCAUCCGAGCAGGACUCUUUUCUCCUCCGUGAGCAGGAUGCUAUUAUUGUUAUGACAUGGAGAUCACCCUCAUUAUCGUUUGUCUAAUGAAUUUCCAAAAACAAAAAGGCGGUGGUCAAACUUGUGGCUAAACAGUGUUUUUGUAGGUAAAAGCAAGUUGUAUUCUCCUCUCCUCCUCCUCCACCCAGUUGGAUUGUUUUCUCCCUUCAUCUAUUUGUUUGUCUGUCCUCUUGUGGUAAGUUUUCCUUUUUUUAAACAUUCUUUUCAUGUGGAGUCUCUGUCAUCUUGCUGCUCUCCCUCAACUGGUCACUCCCUUUACCUUUUCUGUUUUAACAUGUCAUUAAAUAAAUUUAUCUUUUUCAUA